AUGGGUCCAAGGACAAUCAAGCCAUGGGCCGGCCAGAAGAUGCGACCUUGGAGGCUUGUUUGCAAGUCGGGUACCGGCGAUGCUGGCACCGAAGAUGGAGGCUCGGUUCGAUCUGUUUUUGGAAAUAGGUACUCUUUGGGUCUUUCAAGGCGGCCGAGGUGCUGUGCUAGG